CGUAUUAUGUCAAAACUAACUGAAAUUUCCUAGGGGAUUUCACUUGAUCUUACAAAGUGACAGAGCUUUUUUGGGGGAAUUUCCCACUAUAAUGACUUUUACGUAUUGUCUAAAAAAAAAAGUAGCAAAAUUCGUUUCACGCAUGCGUAUUAUAUCAAAACUAACUGAAGUAUAUAAGGAUAUAAAAGGUUUGUUAACUUGGAGAAUAUGAUUUUUGAUCGAGCACAGUCGAUAUGUUUGUGACCGGAUAAAGUUAUGUGCACCAAAUUAUUGAAUAAUGGCUUCAAAACAUAGGCAAGCAAGGAGCCCUCGACAUAUUACAUCCGACUGUCAUAGAAGACCUCAGCUAAAUCCUCAACUGCUACAAAUGAUUGAAAGCAUUUUGCAAGUGCGACAACACAAUGACAUUGAAUUGUCUGUUUCUGAUAUGAUUUAUGAAGUAGUCCGCCAAUUCACAUUUGCUACCUAUCCAAGAAAAGGAAAACCUGAUAUAAGACUGUUCAUCAUCGCCGGAUUUUAUUAUACUGGAUACGGAGAUGAAGUUAUUUGCUAUUGCUGCAAUUUAACCGAAAGUGGAUGGGUCGAAAAUGAUAUUCCGACAGAGAUUCAUUUCAGAAAGUCUCCGAGCUGUGAUUUUUAUUUAAGAAAUUCAGAAGUCAACAUGCCAUUUUUUGAUUUGAUGGGCCAAGAGAGAUUGUGCACUCAGGAACAUGCACAAAUGGCGAAAACCCAAACUACAUUUUCUGAUCAUCCUGACCUGAUAAACACAAAGCAAUGUAGGCGGCUCGACUUCAACGCACCAACAAACUCUUCAACAAGAAAAGUUAAAAUCAAUGUAACGUGUGCCGACAGAGAAACACAUUCAAGUGAUCCAGGAGCAGAAAUGUGCACGUACGUGUGCAAAAUAUGUAUGGACAGUACAGCCUGUGUUGAAUUCCUACCAUGUGCGCAUCUGGCUUGUUGUAGUCCAUGUUCAUAUUAUAUUGACGUUUGUCCUGAAUGUAAACAAGGAAUAGAGAUGAAGAUAAACGUGUCAGAUGGUUGAAAUGGAAACAAUAGAUAAUAAAACACGCUUCACUUUGCUGUCUAUAUAAAUGAACAUUGGAAUUGCUUGAAGCGCAAAAAUGAGUAUGUCUUUUCCUGCUUUGAGAGUAAAUAAAAAGGCAUACUAGCCUUUUCUGGUACUUAGAAACGUUAUUUAUGUACAGCUGAUUAAUUCAACUUUUACCUAAACUAACUCUUAGUGUCUGUAUGAAAUAAUAAUUGUCAUUACAAAUUUUGCAUGUUAAAUUGCUGUGUGUUUAGUUCAUACGUCUUAUGACUUGUAACUUGGGUUUUGGCUGAGUAAAUAUUUGAAGCAAAUAUUUCUGACGCUUUCAUGGCACAUUUUCAUCAGACAGCUGAACCGUUCCUCCGUAUGCUCGGCAAGAAAAUGUCUGAAAAUAUUCUGCUGGAGCUACACCCACCGUGGAAUGAUACAAACAUGACAGAAAAAACAUCGUGAUAGAGACAAUGUAAUGCAACUUGAUAACACAUACAAACUACGAAAUACUGUGAUUAAUAUUUCUGAUUAUUAGACUUAAAUGUUAAAUUGCAAAAGAAAAAUAACCAUAAUCUAUGGGUUGUGUUUUAGCUCUGUUGUUUAACUUUAUAUAUUUAACGUAUGGAGAGCCUGUGAUUUUAUUACAUAUGUAUAAUCUGUUCAUGACGUAUUGCAUGUUUUAUUCAAUUGAUUUGCAAUCGAUUUGUUAGAAUUUAGCAUCUUUAUAAUGUUAUGCCUAUAUUAAAUAUAAAUCGUUAGAAACUGUAAUACAAAUGAUAGUUUUCAUGUGUUGUUUAGAAAAAUUAAUCGAGUUUCGUCCUCAAACAGAGCUUUCUUUAGAAUAUUUUUAUGUACUAAU